AAAGAACACUUCCCCCACUCAUAUAUUCACAAAUCACAACCAUUUUCUUCCGAUUCCCCGAUCCCUCUCACUCACUCUCUCCCUCUCUCUCAAUCUCUCCGUGUAAUCUCUGUUUUCGUUUUUGUUUCCCAUUCAAUUCGAAUUCCCCCAUUUUUCGAAUCGAUCGGAUCCGAUGAGCACCGGCGAACUUCUCAGCAUCGAGCCUCUGGAGCUCAAGUUCCCCUUCGAAUUGAAGAAGCAGAUCUCCUGUUCGCUCCAGCUCUCGAAUAAGACCGAUAGCUAUGUCGCUUUCAAGGUCAAAACUACGAACCCCCAGAAGUAUUGUGUUCGUCCGAACACCGGAAUUGUCUUGCCUCGAUCCACAUGUGAUGUUAUAGUUACAAUGCAAGCCCAAAAAGAGGCUCCUCCGGACAUGCAAUGUAAGGACAAGUUCCUCCUCCAGAGUAUAAAAACUAACGAUGGUGCAACUAUGAAGGAUAUUACUCCUCAAGUGUUCAAUAAAGAGGCGGGACAUGAAGUUGAAGAGUGCAAAUUAAGAGUGCUAUAUGUUUCUCCACCUCAUCUGCCUUCUCAGGUUCCAGAAGGGUCAGAAGAAGGGUCUUCACCAAGGGUUUCUGCUACUGAGAAUGGAAACGUGAAUGGUUUUGAGUUUUCCAAUGCUGCAAAAGCAUUUACUGAGCUUGAACCUCAGGAGAGAUCUGCAGAGGCAAGAUCACUUAUUUUGAAACUGACGGAGGAAAAGAAUAAAGCAAUUCAACAUAGUAACAGGCUUCGUCAAGAGCUGGAGCUAUUGAAGCGUCAAGGGAGCAAAAGUCGUGGUGGCGUUUCGAUCCUUUUCGUCAUUGUUAUUGGCUUGAUUGGAUUACUUUUGGGUUAUCUUAUGAAGAAGUCGUAAGCAGUCUGUUACAAUUCUGUUGUCAAACUGUUCCCUUCUCAGUCAUUGAAGAACGAUGGUGAAAGGGAGAAAUUGAGGGUGAGGGCUGGUGGCUCAUUUUUAGUUAGCUUUGCGAAAGUUUCGAAACUUGUUUAGCGGGUCGUCGUCGAUGUUAGGCACUGGAAUUCUAGAUUAGCGGUGGGGACUGGUUUUCGGUAAGCUUACAUUCUUUUUGUAACUGGAGAGGAUAAUUUUCACUUUGUUUCUUAUGUGGUUCUGACUUGUGGGAUUUUGGUCAACUGUAUCUUUGAUGGUUAUUAAUAAUUUAUACAUCUCUGUGUGAUGUAAAGCACGUGUUCAAUUGUUUCAUAUUAUUUGUGUUGGUUC